AUGACAAGCAUGUUCUCCACAAGUCGUUCAACAAGGCUGACUUGUGGGUUCAAAGUGAACACUAACUCACCCAAGUGGCACAAGAGCAUGACCAAAAUCCUUAAUAAAAUCAAAGGAGGAAACUUUUGGAUAGACGUAGACGAAGGAAUGGCAUACGUAACGGGUCUAGGCGACCCAAACAAGCUACUGAAAUUUAUGGCUUCAAGGAGAGGCAAGGACGCUUAA